CUUUACGACUUUCGUCCACUUUCUCUCUCUCUCUAAAACCAGUGUUUGUUCUUGCGGCCAAUGGUGAUUCUUGCGUCUUUUUCAUUAUUAAAUUGAUUCAUGAUCACAAAAAAAUCUCAAACCCAACUCGGAUUAUCUCUCUCGAAUCCGAAUUCCAUCGAUUUCAUCUCUUCAGACGAACAAAACGGUACACUUUACUUCCUAGAUUUACUCUACUCAGAUCUGAACUACCUCCAUUUUUGUGCAAGAUUCAGAUACCAUUGUAUCAAUUCGUGACUUUUUAUGCUCUUUUCAAAUCUCAAAGCUCUCUGGAAAUCGUGUCAUGUUUUGAUUCUAUCAACAGGGUUUGUCUUUGUGUGAACUUCUCUGUUGAUUGACUGAUUGAUUAAUUGAUUCUAGUUUUAGGGUUUUAUUCAUUUCUGAUAUGUUUAACAAAAUCAUCAAACGCGGCCAACGGAAAUUCUCAAAUUCUAAGUCAGACAGUAAUGAUUCCGGUUUGGUUUCGACUUCAAACGUAGUGGUUAAUCAUUACCCAUCUCCGGCCGCUAAUUCCGGCGAAGCUUCUGUUGAACCUUUACCCAUGUUUAAAGAUGUUCCUAUGUCGGAAAGGAAUAACUUAUUUCUCAGGAAGCUACAGAUUUGUUGUUUUCAAUUCGAUUUCACUGAUCCAUCUAAGAUGGUUCGUGAAAAAGAAGUUAAAAGACAAACCCUAGCUGAGAUUGUUGAUUUUAUACAAUCUGGUUCAGGGAGAAUCAGUGAGAGUAAUCAAGAAGAAAUGGUGAACAUGAUUUCAUUGAAUAUAUUCCGUUGUUUUCCACCUGCUUCUCAUGAAAACACAGGUUCUGAUAAAGCUGAUCCAGAUGAAGAUGAACCCUAUCUUGAUCCAUCAUGGCUGCAUUUACAUCUCGUUUAUGAACUUCUACUAAGAUACAUCAUCUCAUCUGAAACCGAUAUGAAGAUUGCCAAACGAUACAUCAACCAUUCGUUUGUUCUGAAACUACUCGGUCUAUUCGAUUGUGAAGAUUAUCGCGAACGUGAAUACCUGAAAACAAUCCUCCACAGAAUCUAUGGUAAAUUCAUGGUUCAUCGUCCUUUCAUCAGGAAAACGAUCAACAACACGUUUUAUCAGUUCAUAUACGAAACGCAGAGACACAAUGGAAUUGGUGAGCUUUUGGAGAUUCUUGGAAGUAUAAUUAACGGGUUUGCUCUUCCAAUGAAGGAGGAACAUAAAUUGUUCCUUGUUCGAGCACUCAUACCUCUGCAUAAACCGAAAUCAGUUGCGUUGUAUCAUCAUCAGCUAUCGUACUGCAUUAUUCAGUUUGUUGAGAAAGAUUGUAAGCUGGCGGAUACUGUUAUACGCGGUUUGCUGAAAUACUGGCCUGUUACUAAUUGUUCUAAGGAAGUUUUAUUUCUUAGCGAGCUUGAAGAAGUAUUAGAAGCUACCCAAGUUGCUGAAUUUCAACGUUGUAUGGUUCCACUUUUCAGACAGAUUGCUCGUUGUCUCAAUAGCUCUCAUUUCCAGAUAGCGGAAAGGGCACUUUAUUUUUGGAACAACGAGCAUAUCGUGAGCUUGGUUGCUCAGAACAGGAGUGUGAUUUUGCCAAUCAUUUUCGAUGCGCUUGAGAAGAAUGUUCAAUCUCAUUGGAAUAAGGCUGUUCAUGGAGUAACUGUUAAUGUAAGGAAGAUGUUUUUGGAUAUGGAUUUCGAACUUUUCGAAGAAUGUCAGAGACAGUACGAGGAAAAGGAAGCUAGGGCUGAGGAAACGGAAGAGCGGAGACAGUUAAGGUGGCAGAGAUUGGCGGCUGCUGGCGGAGAUUGUGAAAUGAAAUGUCAAUAACACGAUAUGAACACUCACACUCACACUCGUAAAAUCUUAUUUUAACUUCAAAUUUCAGCAGCUUUUCUGAUAUUAUUUAUCUGAGAUUUGAUCAACAGGCAAUGUAGUUUAGGUUGAUUUAGAAACCACUGUUUCUGGUAUUCUACAGGUUAAGAAUGUUUUAUUUUUCUCUUUUUUUUUUUGUGAUGGUCUUUUUUUUUCUUGGUCAUGGCUGAGAAAUUGUUGUUCAAUUGGUUUAUACAGUCAUAGACAUGUCAAGAGUUCAAGAUUGUUGGUUUAAAGUCGGUUUUUUUAUGUCUGAAAUUUCUAGUGAAUGACAAUCUUUAUGAUU